GCGGGACCUGGACGAGGUCAAGUCGUCCCUGGUCAACGAGUCGGAGAACCAGAGCAGCAGCUCGGACUCGGAGGCGGAGAGGCGUCCGCAGCCUGCCCGGGACGCCUUCCAGAAGCCACGGGACUACUUUGCCGAAGUGAGAAGGCCCCAGGACGGCGCGUACUUUAAGGGGCCCCCCUACCCUGGGUACCCCUUCCUGAUGAUCCCGGACCUGAGCAGCCCGUACCUCUCCAACGGACCCCUGUCUCCGGGCGGAGCGCGCACGUACCUGCAGAUGAAAUGGCCUCUCCUCGAUGUCCCCUCCAGUGCCACAGUCAAGGACACGAGGUCACCAUCUCCAGCACACUUGUCGAACAAAGUUCCUGUUGUUCAGCACCCGCAUCACAUGCACCCGUUGACGCCCCUCAUCACCUACAGCAACGACCACUUCUCCCCGGGGUCCCCUCCCACGCAUCUCUCCCAGGAGAUCGAUCCAAAGACAGGAAUCCCCCGGGCCCCUCACCCAUCUGAGCUGUCACCGUAUUACCCACUCUCUCCCGGAGCUGUUGGACAAAUCCCCCAUCCCCUCGGCUGGCUCGUCCCACAGCAAGGGCAGCCUAUGUACUCCAUUCCUCCUGGUGGCUUCCGGCACCCUUAUCCCGCACUGGCCAUGAAUGCCUCAAUGUCCAGCCUGGUCUCCAGCCGGUUCUCCCCUCACAUGGUGGCUCCCGCCCACCCCGGCCUGCCCACCUCAGGGAUCCCCCACCCUGCCAUUGUCUCGCCCAUCGUCAAGCAGGAACCUGCACCCCCAAGCCUGAGUCCCGCGGUGAGCGCGAAAUCCCCAGUCACCGUGAAGAAGGAGGAGGAGAAGAAGCCCCACGUGAAGAAGCCUCUGAAUGCCUUCAUGUUGUAUAUGAAGGAGAUGAGGGCAAAGGUGGUGGCCGAGUGCACCCUGAAGGAAAGUGCGGCCAUUAACCAAAUCCUGGGAAGAAAGUGGCACAACCUGUCUCGAGAAGAGCAGGCCAAGUACUAUGAGCUGGCCCGGAAGGAGCGGCAGCUUCACUCCCAGCUCUACCCGACGUGGUCAGCCCGGGACAACUAUGGUAAGAAAAAGAAGAGGAAGAGAGAAAAGCAGCUGUCACAGACACAGUCCCAGCAGCAAGUCCCCGAGGCAGAGGGUGCUCUGACCUCCAAGAGCAAGAAGCCAUGCGUCCAGUACCUGCCCCCUGAGAAGCCCUGCGACAGCCCUGCCUCCUCCCACGGCAGCAUGCUGGACUCCCCUGCCACGCCUUCUGCGGCUUUGGCCUCGCCCGCUGCCCCGGCUGCCACCCACUCGGAGCAAGCCCAGCCCCUCUCCCUCACCACCAAGCCCGAGGCCCGGGCCCAGCUGGCUCUCCACUCGGCCGCCUUCCUGUCGGCAAAGGCUGUAGCCAGCUCCCCAGGCCAGCUGGCCAGCCAGCCUCCCCUGCUGUCGCGGCCACUCCCCCUGGGGUCCAUGCCCGCUGCUCUGCUGACCUCGCCCCCUGCCUUUCCUGCCGCGCUCCACACCCACCAGGCCCUCCCUGUGCUACAAGCCCAGCCUCUGUCCUUGGUCACCAAGUCAGCCCACUAGGCUGCCCCCAUCUAUGCAGGCUGUCAUGUUGACUCAUCGAGUAGUAAUGAUGCAGAAGAAGGAGAAAAAAGAGGAAACUUUAUUGGUCAAUAUUUGACCACUCUGGACUGUUCUGUAAAGUGGCUGGUAACAACAGCACUUUACAUUUUGUAGAUGUAACCAGUAGCUGAUCUUUAGGCUUUUUUAAAAAAAACAAAACAACAAAAAAA